GCCCAAAACAAAGAUGUUACAAAAGAAUUCAUGACUGUUUUCAACAGAAAACCCAUCACAUAAUCCCAUCUCAAUUCUAGUACUGCCACCAAGAAUGCUCAAAUACCAUGAUACUCUCCUCGUAUUUCUUCCACAGCAUUUCCUCAUUAUGGCUCCAACUCAACAACGUCGAUUACGAAAUCACCGUCGUACUUUUCACAGUUUCCCUCCUGCUCCUCGCCGGAGCCUGGACCGCAUGGAUUUCCAAGAACACCCCGCCUCUGCCGCCGGGCCCACGCGGCCUCCCACUGGUCGGAAACCUCCCCUUCCUCGACCCUGAGCUCCACACGUGCUUCCAAACGCUGGCCCAGGCCUACGGGCCGAUCGUGAGGCUCCAGCUCGGCACCAAGGUCGGGGUCGUGAUCAGCUCUCCUGCAGCGGCGCGUGAGGUGCUACGAGACAACGACGCCACGUUCGCCAACCGCGACGUGCCGGAGCUGGCGAUCGACGCCGUGGCGAAAGGGCAUUCCGAUAUAGUGUUCAGCCCGCAUGGGCCGGGGUGGCAGAUGCUGAGGAAGGUGUGUGUGAGGGAGGUGCUCGGAAGCGCCACACUCGAGUCCGUAUACGGCCUACGCCGCCGAGAGAUUCGGAAUACUGUCAGGUAUCUUCACAGUCAGGUCGGAUCACCGGUGAAUGUGGGGGAGCACAUGUUUUUGACGGCUCUGAAUGCGAUAACGAGCAUGUUGUGGGGGGUAACAAUGAAGGAAGAAGAGAGGACUAGGAUCGGGGUGGAUUUCCGGGUGGCGGUGGCAGAGGCGAUGGAGCUUUUGGGGAAGCCAAAUUUGUCCGACUUUUUCCCCGGUUUGGCCUGGUUUGAUUUGCAAGGGCUGAAGAAGCAAAUGAUGGGACUAGUCGGGAGGUUUAAUAAGAUAUUUGAUGCGAUUACGGAUAGAGGACUGGGACUUGAUGGUGGCAAAGAGAGCAGGGAUUUUUUGCAGGUUUUGUUGCAGCUGAAGAAUGAAGGAGAUGCCAAAACUCCUUUGACCAUGACCCAACUAAAGGUCUUGUUCAUGGAUAUGGUACUUGGAGGAACUGAAACAACUUCCAAUGCAAUAGAGUUUGCCAUGGCGGAAAUGAUGAACAAACCAGAAAUCCUAAAGAAAGCACAGCAAGAACUAGACAUGGUCGUAGGCAAAGACAGCAUAGUGGAAGAGUCUCACAUAAACAAACUCCCCUAUUUAAAUGCCAUACUAAAAGAGGUUCUGCGCUUGCACCCUGUCCUCCCUCUCAUGGUUCCUCACUGCCCCAGCCAGACUUGCAUCAUCGGAGGUUACACAAUUCCCAAAGGCACUCGCGUUUUCAUCAAUAUUUGGGCAAUACAUAGGGACCCUUUGAUUUGGGAAAAUCCGGCAGAGUUUCACCCAGAGAGGUUUUUGGAUGGGAAAUUGGGCUUCAGAGGUGGUGACUUUAGCUAUUUCCCAUUUGGUUCUGGGAGAAGAAUGUGUGCAGGUAUAGCCAUGGCUGAGAGGAUGUUCUUGUUUUCACUUGCCUCGAUUCUGCACUCCUUCGAAUGGAAGUUGCCUGAAGGCGAAGAGUUGGACCUUUCGGAGAAGUUUGGGAUUGUGUUAAAGAAAAGGGUACCUCUCGUGGCUAUCCCAACAGCAAGGCUAUCUAAUCCUGCUCUCUAUGACUAGAUAGAAAUUGCCUCUUUAAGAAAAAACUCUUUGCUAGGUGCUGAUUCUAUGUUAUAAGUGGCCAUUGGAGAAGGUGAUAUUGUAUUAUCUGUUACAGUAUCUUAUGAGAUGCGGGUCCAAAUAUAAACUAAUUCACUGAAAAAUACUUGCUGUAUCUUUACUGCAUUGCAGAUUGUUAGAUGGAUAUGCGGCCUAGGACCCAUUUUGUAAAAGCUUUAAUUUUUGGGAUACUCGAUUAUAGUAUAUCGGAACUUUGAUUUCA